AUUUCACUGGCCCUACAAGCUGAACUCUCCCUCAACAAGAUAUGCAUUUGACUUUUAUUGCAUUAAAAUUAUUUCUUAUUACUUCGUCGGAGUAAAAUGUUUAGAAUGACCUAUACAUUUUGUUCGAGUUUGUUUUAGUGGGUCAAGUUAUUGUUGGGGUGUUUUUCUUGAACUCGGACUUAGCCUUUGUUGAUUCACUGUAGGCAUGGUAGACCAAGCACCUGUGGCAGCUUUCAAACUAGUUCUUGUUGGAGAUGGUGGCACAGGGAAGACAACUUUCGUGAAGCGACAUAUUACCGGAGAGUUUGAAAAGAAGUAUGUCGCCACAUUGGGUGUUGAAGUUCACCCUCUUGAUUUUCACACAACUCGUGGUAAAAUGCGUUUCAAUGUGUGGGAUACAGCAGGGCAAGAAAAAUUCGGUGGUUUAAGAGAUGGAUAUUACAUCCAAGGACGGUGUGCAAUUAUUAUGUUCGAUGUGACGAGUCGUGUCACGUACAAAAACGUCCCCAAUUGGCAUAGGGAUUUGGUUCGCGUCUGCGAAAAUAUACCAAUUGUUUUGUGUGGAAACAAAGUUGACAUACAGGAUAGGAAAGUGAAAGCAAAGUCAAUAACUUUCCACAGGAAGAAAAACUUACAAUAUUAUGACAUAUCCGCUAAGUCCAACUACAAUUUCGAAAAACCAUUCCUCUGGCUGUUUCGUAAACUCGUUGGUGAUCCAAACCUCGAGUUCGUAGAAAUGCCUGCAAUGCAGCCUCCAGAAAUCCAAAUCGACCCCUACUUGGUACGACAAUAUGAACAAGAAAUUCAGAUGGCUGCUGAGGCUCCUCUUCCAGAUGAAGGUGAUGAAGACCUGUGAUUUUAUGUGAAGUCAAAUGUGGGCUAAGGACCAGAUUUUCAAAUAAUUAUAUUCAAAUGUAAUAAAUCUAUUCUAAUGCGUACCUCACUGGCCUGUUAUUUUUGGGACAUAUAUUUACUAUAUAACUACGAAUACAAAUGUAAAGUCCAAUUAAAU